AUGGCGGGUGGCUUCCAAAGCAUCCUGCAAUCUACAAGGCCUUCAUUGAUAAUCUCGUUCACCGCGCUCUGCGCUCUGCGCCGUUCCGCUGAUUCCACCUCACAUGAACCUGCUGUUGCAGCUUUCGGGGAAGCGAUCCAAGGGGAUCCCGUCAUGAAGUCUCUGUUCGACCAAAUAUUCCUACAGGUUGAUAGGCGGAACAAGGUGACGGACUUCGAACACUUGUUGUCCUGGCUCGACUGUAUCAUCGUGACAGCGCCCAAGUAUGAGGUAGCAACAGACGAGAAUGGCGAUGUGAUUGGCGAGCCUAUCGGGGUGCCUAUUUACCUCAUUUUCGAUUUGCUUAGCAACACAGCUGCAGCCUAUGACCUGUUCCGCAUGAAGGAGUUCAACCGUGCGCUCAAAGCCUUGUUGGAGAACUGGGGAAAAUUCCUCAUGGAACCUGGAUCGAAUUUAACGCUCAAUACGACUGACCAAGGCUGGUUUGGUAAGGCUGGAAUUACCAGUCUCGAGACGCAUCUGGGGAAAUAUAGCUUCGAGCAGACGUACAAGUGUCCUGACGCGGCAGCUGAUAACCGUGGGUUUACAACCUGGGAUGCCUUCUUCACUCGAGCGCUCCAUGAUGGUGUGCGCCCCAUCGUAACCCAAGAUAAUCAUCCCGUUACAUUCCCAGGUGGACUCCACACUCGGACUGUUGUAGAGCCGACUCUCAUCUAUAGCGCCUGCGAGUCCACCGUUCUACGCAUUCGCAGGGACGUGAAGCAACAUGAUCAGUUUUGGCUCAAAGGCCAGCAAUACUCCCUUUAUAACAUGUUGAACCGCAGCGAUUACUACGCCAAGUUGUUCGAGGGCGGGACUGUGUAUCAAGCAUUCCUCAGUCCCCUCGACUACCACCGCUGGCACAGCCCCAUCAAGGGCACAAUCACGGAUAUUGUCGUGGUUGACGGAACAUAUUAUGCCGUGCUUCCAGAUGCCGGGGCAGACCACGGUGACCCUGAUCUCCCAGAGGGUGACCCUCAUGGUGCAUUGAUUCGCUCCCAGCCCUUCCUCACCAUCGAGGCCGCUCGUGUGCUGAUUUACAUCAAGUCAGAAGACAUCAACAUCGGCACAAUGUGCUUCAUAGGUGUGGGGAUGGCGGAGGUGUCGACUUGUCAGGUGACAGUGAAGAAAGGCCAAGCGGUGGAGCCGGGGACGGAACUUGGAAUGUUCCACUUUGGCGGGUCCUCACACGCCCUCGUAUUUUCCAAGGGCACCGAAUUUCAUGAGGGAGAUGAGAUCAAAGAGGGCAAACACGUCUGGGUCAAUUCGGUUCUCGGUGUAGCUACUCACAAGCAAGACUCGGAGUGA